AUGCAUCCGAGGAACCGCUAUGCGCGGCGCCCGCCCAAUUUUGCGCAGCUGGCGGACAAAUGUGCCAAGCUGCGCCCCUACGUGAGCUACCCCGAUGAUUCCGAGGCGAAAGAGGCCGAGGGGCAUGCAAGAUCCCAGCAUCGUCCACGUCGAGCUUUUAUUGACUUUCGAGACACCAACGCCAUUCGUGCCCUCACCGAAGCCACCUUAGAAUGUGAUUUCAAUCUCCUGACCGACAUUCCCGACGGUCAUCUCAUUCCCACGGUGCCUCAAAAGCUCAACUACUUACAUUGGCUAGAAGACCUGUUGAGGACUCUGGUAGCACCGCCAGACAAAGUCCGCGUCGUGGACAUCGGUACCGGCCCCAUUGCCAUCUACUGUGUCCUGGGCGCGCGGUUGCACCCAGAGUGGCAGUUUGUGGGCACCGAGCUGGACCCGAAAGCGUGCCGACACGCUCAGGAAACUAUCGCACGCAACCAACUCACAGAGUCGGUGCACAUUGUAAGUCUGCCCCACGCUCGCCGCGAACAACAGUGCAACGAGGCAGGAUCCAUGUCAGACCCAGGAAAGGCGGCCGUGGAGCAGGCAGCACACAUUUUCGGACCUGCUCUCUCUACCACGACUGACCCAGUAGAACUCGAAUUUGCCAUCAGCAUGUGCAACCCGCCUUUUUACGACACCCACGAAUCCCCAGCCAACUACACGGGAAUCAGGCCCGCUCCGAAGGUCGAAGCCACGGGCUCAUCAUCGGAAAUGCAUGUGCAGGGUGGAGAAGUCGCUUUUGUGACUCGUAUGAUGGAAGAAAGCGCGCGACUGCGCACGCGCGUGGGCUGGUACACGGUCAUGCUGGGCAAGAAACGAUCCCUACUCGACCUCCGACCACAGUUGACGGCCUUGGGUUGUACCCAUGUGGUUGAGAGUAGCUUUGUGCAGGGCAAGACACAUCGCUGGGCAGUCGCUUGGACCUUUCUGCCACGUGCCGCCUUUAAGAAUGAUCACAAGACGGAACGCGAGUUUACGGGCCGACAGCUGCUGGAGGCGGACAAGGCUCGGGAUUUGGCGUCUGGUGUAUCGACGGCGUCGCACGAGCGCCGGAGCGCCACGCGCAUUGAUGUGCCCACGUCUGGGGUCUCGGGCAAGCGUGGAGCAUUGGGAGCAGAUGCGACGACGGGCGAGCCAGCGUCCAAGCGCGCGGCGUCGGCUACUCGACCUCGAGCACCUGCUUCUGAAGGGGCCUGGCGAACGGCCUCCAAGUUUGACAAACUUCCCAACGUGUGCCGUCCAGCCUAUGGCAGCGUUGUUGGGGAUGAUGCUCGCGUGUUGGCAGCGGUGCGGGCCGUAUUGACUGCUGCGCGCCCUGUUGUCAUCCAUGAGCAAAGCAAGAAGCGGUUUGAGACAUGCAUUGCGGCUUUCAAGGUGUUUUUGGGAGCGCCCUCGUGGCCAGCGGCAUUGCAGGCCAGCGGUGGGGAUGUAGUACCGGGGCAGGACUGCGCAGAGGUGCCCAACCGGGCUACGGCGCUGGCCGGCUAUGUCCUCAAUCUGUAUCGGCCACGGACCGAGGGCAGUGCAGACGACAAGGCGGAGCAGCGUGUGCGCGUGCGCCUCGAGUGUAAAGGAAGCUGGUAUCGCCUCACCCGUUGCUGCUUGGCCUGCGACGCCUGGCUUUCAGUCUCUCUCUCUCUCUCUCUUUCUCUCUUUCUCUCUCUCUCUCGCUCAACCAAUUCAUUGUCUCUCUCUCUCUCUCUCUGUUGUUACAUGUGGUAG